AUGCCAAAGAAGCGUAGGAAUAAUGGAAGAAGCCUGAAGAACGCUGGUCACGGAACUCCAGUUCACUGCACACACUGUGGUAGAAUCGUUCCAAAAGACAAAGCUGUAAAGCGCUACACUGUCAGGAACAUGGUCGACGCCUCAUCUCUGAGAGACAUCAAAGAUAACAGAGCCAUUGAGAAUUUCGUCAUUCCUAAGUUCUAUCUUAAGCUCGCUUACUGCAUUGCAUGCGCAAUUCACCACAGAAUUGUAAGAGUCAGAAGUCACGAGUUCAGAAAAAUACGUAAAGUCCCAAGAGUUUUUGUCAAAAGAGAAGAGGACAAGCGUCCAGCCCAAGCAGCCAAACCACAAGCAGCACCAGCAACCACCGAAGCUGCUCCAGCAACCACUAGCGCUUAA